AUGCCCGAGACCGAUAAGGGAAGCCGGAGGAGGAGAUCUAGCAGCAUCCUCCAGGUCUACCAAGAGCCUCCCGAGCCUCUCGAGCGCCUCAGCGACCAGGGCGCUCUCCCCAACGGCAAUGCCGAGUGGGUAAACGCCAAAGGCGCGUGGGCAGUCCACUUUGUCGUCAUCUGCCUGCUCAAGAUCCUCUUCGACAUUGUCCCGGGCAUGUCCCAGGAGACAUCAUGGACCCUGACCAAUGUUUCGUACAUGUUUGGGUCCUACCUCAUGUUCCACUAUGUCCGCGGCGUACCCUUCGAGUUCAACUCUGGAGCCUAUGACAACCUCAACAUGUGGGAGCAGAUCGACGAUGGCGCUCAGUACACCCCGGCCAAGAAGUUUCUGACCAGCGUCCCCAUCGUGCUCUUCUUGCUCAGCACCCACUACACCCACUACGACCUCACAUACUUCACCAUCAACUUCCUCGCCGUCUUGGCCGUGGUUAUACCCAAGCUUCCAUGGAGCCACCGAAUGCGUGUUGGCCUGUUUUCGGGCAUACCCGAGGAGUAG